GUGUUCAUGUUGUUGUGGAGAACACCAACUCCCAUACACCUCCCCGUAGCAACAGAACCAAGAUGGCUGCGCCCUGUAACUCUGAUCAUUCGCCCGAAAUUCCCAAGGCAAUGGAGAUCCCAAAAAGCGAAGUUUCAUCACCCGAGUCUGCAGACCUCAGUGACAGCAACCAGUAUCAUUCCAACCCGUCAACACCGAGCCGCUUCUCGCCUCCUGAUGUAACCGUCUCCGGUCCUGGUAGCGCGGGACGUGGGUCGGCCACUGCUUCCAGCAGUAGCAUUCCCACCUGCCGGGGUAUGUCAUGGACUCCGUCCGAAACAAAUUCCCUGAUUGCCGUGUGGGGUAGUGAGCGACUGAACGAAGCUCGGAUUCAGCAACUGGAGGUAGCAGGGACCAUGUUUUCUGGAAAGGGGCCGGGGCCAGCGGUGUAUGAGCGGGUCUCCAAAGCCUUAGCGGAGCUGGGCUAUGAAAGGACCCCAUCCCAAUGCAGGGAAAGGAUGAAGACACUACGGCGAUGCUACAGCCGGGUGAAGGAGCACGGGGUCGGGAAAAGAAAGAGCAGCUACUCGUUGGAGCAGCUGGAGAAAGUGUUCGGUCAGGGUGGCUGGGACUUUCAGCCAUGCCAGCCCGUCCUCAUCAACAGCAGUGGUCUCUACCAGGAAGUGGAAUCGGAUGGCAGCACCAUGGAGGAGUGUUCCCAGGAGGAGUGGUGCAACCGGGACCUCGCCGUCUUUCCGGAGGGGGAGAUGGAGACAGGCGAGUGGGACUCAUUCUCUGUGCAGCAGCCUUGCACCACCGCGGUUGGGGCAGACGACGAGCCGGAGGAAUCCAAGAGGCGCCGAUCUGGCAACGGGUAUUCAAGACGCGAAUUGGCUGACAGAAGGAAGACUGAAAUCCGGCUUCCGAAGAAGCCAGCCCAGGAGCUUAGCCAGGGAUCCUCAGACGGCAUCCAGAAACAGGAAGUGAUGCGUAACGUGAUCCGCAUCCUGGAGUCGGCGCAGGUGAAGUGGGAGCCCUUCCAGACGUGGACGGACUUCUCGCGCCUGCACCUCUCCAACAAGCUGGCGCUGUUCGGCGUGGGCUACGCCACGCGCUGGCGGGAGGGGGUGCGGUACCACCACGCCGAGAUCAGCGCCCAGGUGCCCCUGGGCAAGCGCCUGCGCGAGUACUUCAACCCGGAGAAGGCCGAGGGCCGCGCCCUCACGGCCCGGGUGCAGAAGAUGAACUGGAAGGGCGUCUUCUACAAGUGCCUGGACAUCACCAUCAGCGAGGCGCGCUGCCUGGAGCUGCACCUGGAGGUGGACUGGGUCCCGGUGCGGCCGAGCAGGCCCGCUGGACGCUACGCGCUCCCCGAGGGCGUCCCGCGGGCUCACGGCCUCUACGCCAUCGGGGGCGGGGAGGAGGAGGCGGCUGUUUCCCGCCCGGGGGGCGAGCGCUCCUCCCCGGAGCCCGGCGAACCCGAGCCGGGCCGGGGCUGCCCGCGGACGGCGGGGUCGCCCGCGGUGACCUACCGCUACCUGGGCGUCGCGGAGGGCCGGACGCUCCGGCAGUGCCUGCACGGGCACUUCAGGGCCACCGGAGGGCGCCGCGGUCAGCGGGAACCCUCGCCAGUCGCCCGCUUCCUGCGGGAGAACGAGGACCGGGGGCCCCCUCCCCCCACCGUUUACGUCAAGUUCAUCGAGGUGGAGCUGGACUUCCUCUCCGCCGGGUCACUGGUGGAAUGUUUAGAAACGGCCAUCGGUUACCCCUUAAAACUGAACAGGAAGCAGGACGUGUAACACAAGGUGCACUUACAGACACCUUAACCUUCUUCUGCUCUGGCUUUUUAGCGAGAUGCUGGUGGUCUUCCAGAGGCUCUUUGCGUUCUUCCGAAAGCAGUUGGGGGUUUGAAAAACAAGGGUUUCGUUGCUACGGAACAUCAGAAAGCGAAUCAGGAAGUGGGAAGAAGUUAUAAUGUUCAUUUUGGAAUCAUUUUAUGUGUACAAUUCAAUCCCAGUAUGAAUUAUGCCCAUCUGAUUAUAAAGAUUUAUUUAAAAUUGUAUAUAUAUUGUAAAUAUAUUCCACCGUUUUCCUUUUUU